CAUAAUUUCUAAUGUAGUAGGGCGCGUUUUAUAUUCGUUCGCACACAGAUACACAUUUUUUGCUUCCGAAAGUACAAGAAACAGUGAUCGCUCCAAAAACAGAUUUCACAUACGGGCAGAGGGGACUGUGCAACUUUACAGUGAGCUGCAAUUCUUAGCAUCUCGACGUGCUGCUGCAGCUGCAUCAACUGUUCUACCACCUCACUUAGUCCAACCAACUGCACCAACAAUAUCCACAAGCAACACCAUUCUCAACAAUAAUAGUUUAGUCCCUGAAAACAAUAUUGUAAUAAACGAACAGCAAAAUUUAAGGCAACACAACUUAAGCCAUCAUACACACCACCAAUUACAUCAUCACUCGCGUCCCAGUAGCAUUCCAUCACCUCAAACCCAACCACAUGAUUUUCAUCCAGCGUAUAGAAUUCCAUAUAUGGAGCAUUUAUAUUCCUUGCAACGCUCUAGUCCAACGUCUUCUUUCCAUGAUCCUUAUGGAAGUUGUGCACCUGCAUUUCCUUUAGCAGGUCUUGGAAUUAAUUCUAACGAUUAUAUUGGAGCACACAGCAUUGGGCCAAUAGGCGAACUACAUCCAGCAACUGCAAUAGCAGCAGCUGCUGUUAACUCACUUUCUAGUACAGAGUUUCAUUUCAGCAUUGAUGGCACUGCACGUCUAAAUAAUUCGCGAAAUGGCAGCUUACGUACGAGUAUUAGCCGAAAACGUGCACUUUCAUCCUCUCCCUAUUCAGAUUCAUUUGAUAUAAAUUCAAUGAUACGAUUUUCACCUAAUUCUUUGGCAACUAUUAUGAAUGGUUCCCGUACUGGUAGUGUAGCGAGCGGUUCAUAUGGCCAUCUUUCCGCUGGCGCUAUUAGCCCUAUUCAUAGCACAAUGGCUCCACAUUUGCAACAGCUACAAGCACAUUUGUUAAGAGCAAGUGCUGGUUUUUUCCCUUCACAUCAAUUGUUAGGAACAAAUAUGUUCCAAACAGACAAUAAUAUACGUCCGUUGCAAACCGCUAAUGUCACAGUUGCUGCAUUUAAUGAGACAGAGUGUAACAAGGGAACGAAUGGCGCCAAUAGUAAUGUGGCUUCAAAGCAACAAAUGAAUUUCGACGAGUCACCUACUUCUAAGUCUAAAAACGAACAGCCUUCAUCAACUUCAAACAAAGUAACACAAGUUGAAGCAGAUAGUGCCUCGGCCGUUAAUAACAGUCGACAUCGUUGUACAAAGGCUCUGAAUUCGUCGCUUGCAACUAACUAUAUCCAAUGUAAUACUACUACAACAACAUCUCCCACAGAUGAAUGCCAUACUGCAGAUACGACUGAUAUAAAAGAUGAACCUGGAGACUUUAUUGAAACAAACUGUCAUUGGCGUGAAUGUGACAUAGAAUUUUCUACUCAGGAAGAACUUGUACGACAUAUAAAUAAUGAGCAUAUCCAAACCAAUAAAAAAGCAUUUGUUUGUGGAUGGAAUGAAUGUUCACGUGGGGAAAAGCCAUUUAAAGCUCAAUAUAUGCUAGUAGUUCACAUGCGAAGGCAUACAGGCGAAAAGCCACAUAAAUGCACAUUUGAAGGCUGUUUUAAAGCAUAUUCGCGUUUAGAAAACUUAAAGACUCACUUACGUUCACAUACUGGAGAAAAGCCAUAUAUGUGUGAAUAUCCUGGGUGCAGCAAAGCAUUUAGUAAUGCAAGUGAUCGAGCAAAACAUCAAAACAGAACCCACAGUAAUGAGAAACCUUAUGUUUGUAAAGCUCCUGGAUGCACAAAACGGUACACUGAUCCUAGUUCACUUCGAAAACAUGUUAAAACAGUACAUGGAGCUGAAUUUUAUGCAAAUAAAAAGCAUAAAGGAUCUAAUCAUGAUAGCGGAAACAAUAAUACCGAUGGGAACUACUCAAAUAGCAAAUUACGUGCGAAAAUUGGCAAUAUGGGUUCCAACUUUCAGCAAACUCAACAACAGAAUCAAAUCGAUGUUAGUCCUAGAAGUGAUGACUUUUAUUCAGGCAGAACCAUGAGCAUAUCCAGUCCCAGUAUUAAAUCGGAAACAGAGGCUCAUUCACCAGGUGUUCACACUGUACAUAGUUCUUUGAAUAAUAAUCAAUACAACCGAUCGCAUCAAAAUAUAGCUACGCGUUUGGCUGAUGAUGAUAACAAUACAACUGUUACACAUAGUACCGAAGGAAAUAUAUAUGGCCGCGAAGAACUUAACUCUUCAAAUUAUGACGAAGACUGGACUUAUGAUGAUGAUUUAGAUACCACAGAUCUACCAAUUACUUUACGCACAACAAUAAAUGUUGGUAUUGGUGGCAGCACAAAUAUUCCAUCCCAUAGCAACUGUGUUGGUGCAAAUUGUGUAGCUACAACAAGGCAGCGUAGCUUCCGUAGUCGUCUCUAUGCAAAGAGUGGUAAUAUGAUUCAUUCACCACUUACAAAUAUUCCAGAAAUAAAUCGAAAUGUUGGUAUAGGAAUAGGGGAGCUAAAUCAAAGAAUUAAUGAAUUAAAAAUGGAACCCGGAGUAAUGUCCACUCCAGUAAAAUAUAAUGAUUCCACAUAUUCAAAAUUUCUGCCCUUAAAAGAAAAUAAUUUAUUAAAUGAUCUUCAUAUGCGGUUUCCUUGUAAUAAUAUUUAUAACGUAACACACCAUUCGCAACAAAUCACUAAUCGUAGAGAUAGCCAAACUUCAAACGCUAGUACAUACUAUUGUAGUAUGCAGAGCCGUCGUAGUAGUCAGUGUUCACACUUAUCAACCAUAUCAACAAUGCGUCCAGCAGGUGCAGGGAGCUCGUUUUAUGAUCCUAUUUCUCCUGGAUGUUCUCGUCGAUCAAGUCAGUUGUCUAAUGCUAACUCAAGUACAUGUUUAGGAACUAUAAAUAGUGGAAAUGCUGCUGAAAUCGAUCAAAAUGUUUUAUUGUCAAAUGCCAAUAACAUUAGUUUACCUCCUCCACCAUCGUCUCAUAUAAUUUUAUCAAAUUUUCAGAGAUUACAAGCUUCAUCAAACAGUAGAAAAAACCAUCAGCUAUUUGAAAACAGUCGUUUGUCCAUACCGAAUUUAUUGCAUUCCAAGCACUCAAAUAACUUCGUUGCAGGUGCAGAAAGCAUUCGCAGACAAUCUGCACCAACAAAUAUUGCUAGCAAUCAAACACCAUCGCCUUCGUUUACUGCUUUAUCCCCUAUACAAAAUGAUUCUUUGUCAUGUAUCAGUAAUCCAAAUAAUACCCAAGUCAGAGGUCAAAAUGCAACUGCAUCCACUAAAAAUGAUCUAUCUGCAUCACGGGAGCAUCAUCCUAAUCAAAAAGUAUCUUUAGCUGAAGUAGAGGAAGAUGAGCUAAUUGAAAACAAAUUAGUUUUACCAGAUGAAAUGGUACAGUAUUUAAAUGAAGUUUCGGAUAAGCCUGCAGUAGAAAAACCAGUGGACACAAUUGUACCAGUCAGUACUUUAGAUCCAGCUCUUGCCGUUUCAGAAUUCACUCAAGCAAAAAAUUUUCCUUCGGAUGCUGCUCAACAUUCCACCUCAAUUUCUACUAUUAAUAACUCCUACAGUCAAUGCAAGUAUGAAAUAUGUACCGCUCCAUCGCAAAUCAAUAAUGACCAAUUUAACAAUCAAAAACUUAUUUUACAAAGAUCUGCAAAGCCUCUUUCAAGUAUUAACAAAAACCAACAACAAACUCAACAGCAAAAAGUUUCAACAACUGACACUGACUGUUCUAUGACCAGUUUGAUGGAAGUUAAUUGUAAUGACGUUAAUGGUAUAGAGUUUUCCAUUCAAAAUCAUCAAAACAAAGGUCCGGAAAAAGAGAAAAUGAUUGUAAAGCAAACAGUUCACUUACCGGGACAAACAGUACAUAAUAAUACUCAAGAAGAAAUUCAAUGUGGUGACAUAAGUCAGUCUCAGGUAUCUCCAGCUCCGUUAACUAAAAAUUUAGCUGCAGAAACAAUAAAAAUUGACUUCAAUAAAACAGAAAACGUAAAUCAAAUAAAUGAUCCGAGUGCCUUUAAUCAUUCUACACAUCUUAACACUACUGCUUUAGCAUUAUCUACUACUAAUAAUUUUAAUAUGUGCUUCAGUUCUAAUCGAGAAACGAUGAAUUCUGAUACAUAUCAACGUACUUUGGAAUAUGUACAGAACUGCCAAAACUGGUUAGACAUAUCAACUAUGCAACCAGAUGUCACCAGCAGCACUCACCCCAAUUCAAAUAUGAUUAUUAAUGAUAUGACAACAUCUCUUACGUCUUUGCUAGAGGAAAAUCGAUUUUUACAAAUGAUGCAAUAGCAAAUUACAAAAAAGGAUAGCAACAUUCAUUUAAUUGUGGCAUUAAUAAUUCUAUAGAGAUUUACGGAAAUAAUUUUUUUUAUAUUAAAAUCAAUUAUAUACUUUGGAACUACAAGCGAAAAUAUUACGGAUCUAAUAUGCAGAAAGAUUUUUCACAUAUUUACGAAAUUGAAAUGGAUAAAUAAAAUCAAAAACCAAGAGAGUUAACUAAUAAUACAUGAAAUUAUAUUUAAUUUAAAACUCCAAAUUCGCGAGUCUUGUUUCUGAUAUUCAUAAUCUAAAUUAUAACGAAUCAAUCUCGGCAAGAGUACAAGUAUUAACUGCAUGGACGCACAAAUAGUAUUAGAAUAUAGAGUAUCUCUUGUCCACCAGCUACGCUUAUUUUAAUAGCUAUGAACAAGUUACAUAUAUUACAAUAUAUAUUUCUCAUUAUAUAUUAAAUAAAUUGUCUUCCAAUUAUAUUAAAAUUUUAUUCCUAUGCAAUUUAUUCAUU